AUGGUGGAAAUAGAAAUGCUCAAUGCCAAUAAUAUUAAUCGAGGAACAAGAUCUAAAAAAGCUGCAGAAACUAAUAAUCUUCAUGCACAAUUCAUCCUCGAGCAUCGCAAGACUACGAUUAACAAGCAGUAA